UGACCUUUCUGUUAUAUCUAAAACUACAGGGUAAAAUUUCUUCAACUGUAAUAAACCUCGGGAGCCAAGAGAUUGGAAACAACAAUGGCAAUGGCCGUUGAGGUCGCCGGCGGUGGCGGAACUUUAUCAGAAUUCUACCAGAGUUCCCGACGGCUGUUACUCAAAACCAGAGACGGUUUAGAGAGGCUCGAACGUUUCGAAUAUACCUCCUUUUCUUCUUCUUCUUCUUCUUCUUCCUCCGUGUUGUCGUCGGGCGCUGCCGUGAGCGAUCCUUCGGAGAAAUCAGUUGACGGUUUAAGAAAAGAUAUAAGUCAGAUCCAAUCGCUUUGCUCUGAAAUGGAACGUCUCUGGCGAUCCAUACCUGCUAAAUCUCAACGUGAUCUCUGGAAAAGGAAAGUGGAACAAGUGGCUGAAGAAGUUGACUCUUUGAAAGAUAGUCUAUUCUUGUCGGCUAACGCUUUCCUUCGAUGCCUUUAUUUUGUGAGCUUGGGGAUGAUAUUGGUCCUUCGCCUUUUCUGAAUGCCAGUUUUCAUCACUUCGCUUGAUCUACUGGGAACAUGGCUCUCUUCUUUAAACCUUUCAAUGGUUUCU